AUGGGUGACAAGCUCUGCAAAACGGCGGCGGCAGCGGUUGUGAAUCGCGCUGUGAGGGAGCUGCCGUGGAGAUCCAGGUUCGACAUACUCAAGGAGCGCGUCAAACCGAGGUAUAUGGCCGAGUGCCCGGGCACGCCGAGGCGAGAGUACCAGGAAAACGUAGUCAACGGCAUACGAAUCGCACCUACAUUCAAUCCUUAUGUCGAAUUGAACAAGGAAAAGCGCUACAGACUUGAUAACUGGCCUUCCCGAAACUGGGACGACUGGAACCCCCAAUCGUGCUACGUACGCGGUGGAAGACGCCGGCACGCUGUGCCCAAGGCGUUCCUGCCAAUCAAGGAUGAGCUGGGCGAAGCACAUCCGCCAAAAAUAUCCGCCAGGUAUCGAGCGGACAUAGAGAAGCAGUACUACAUGAAUGGGCUGCCGUGGGUCUGGAACACCGACUACUACCUAGGGAAGGUCCACUACCACGACAGGGACGUACUGCACCCGAAGGUCUGGUACAGACAUGCCUUCAAGAAGCAGCGCAUGGAGAUGGAGCUCAAGAGACUCGACAAACACAUGGAAGAGUACAGGGAGCAAAAUCGCCUGAAGAAGAGGCAUGCCUACUUCGACAAAGCCAUCGCAGCCAUUGCCGGCGAAGAGCUGGCAUCCAAAUACAUCAGGCAGCGGAAAAUAGCCAAAGUAGCUUAA